AUGGAUAUGCUGAGGGGGCAGGUCGUCGUCAAUCACAAGUGCGAAGCUUUCCUAGCGAACGACAUUAUAAACGACGUCCAGUUCGUUCUCUACUAUUUCUCUGCCUCUUGGUGUCCUCCGUGCGAAACAUUUUUACCCCUGAUGAAGCAGCUCGCCGAUGAAAUCGAGCGUCGAGAAUUGCUAAUGCAAAUAUUGUACGUGCCAUCGGAUCACGAUCAGGACGAGAUGUUCGAAUUCUUUUCAAAGAAUCACGGUCACUGGUUCGCAGUUCCGGUUGGACCCGUUACGGCGAAAAUAAGGAGCAAGUAUCACGUUUAUUCCAUCCCGGCUCUGGUCGUUGUGGCCAAAGAUGGUCACUUGGUCACGAGAAACGGACGACGCGAACUCGAGGAACGUGGCGUCGACGUUUUGUUGCUGUGGUUCCCAGAUCUCGACACAGAAUCUCCGGGACCAUAA